UCAUGUUAUUGGACAAACAUCAGGGACUUUUUGGCCGACAGCUCAGAUAACCGUCUUCAUGCAAACUGUUUAUUGCUGAAGAAGGGAUGCGAGGUCGGAAGUAACUUUACUUACUGAAGAAUUAACUAUGGCACGGAGUCAAGGUGUGAACCACGAGCUCUCUGAGGUUCUGAACCAGCUGUGGAGUCGGGAUACAAACCGUCUCAAACCUGGGACUGACUACACCAUCUCCCUACAGGGAAAGGCAGGUUACGUGGCCCAGGGUAGUAACACUGCCAGAGACAUGGCUAGGGCUCCUCUGUUCGCCUAUGUCAACGAGGGAAAACUGAAAAACAUCAAGACCUACGCCUUGUUCAUGCGUCUCCUGGACAACUAUGAGAUGUCUACAGGCGUGUCGGAGACCGUCACCUCUGAGGAGCUGAUAGAGAACGAUCUCUUCCUCAAUGCCAUUCUGGAGACCGAGGUCAUGAAGUGUGCCCACAAGUACCUGGUGAGUAAGGGUCACUCCCCGUCAGACCAGCAGCAGUUCAAGAGGCAGCUCUAUAACAUGUGGUUCAGACUCUAUCACCGAGACCACAGUGGAGGUGAGGACUCCUGUGGUUUUGAGCAUGUGUUUGUUGGUGAGUCUAAGAAAGGGAAGGAGAUCACGGGGUUCCACAACUGGGUUCAGUUCUAUCUGCAGGAGAAGCAUGGCAAUGUGGACUACAAGGGUUACAAGGCCCAGGGCAACAGGAAUACUCCAGAUGAGGAUGACCACGUUCUGAACCUGCAGUUCAGCUGGAAGGGCCUGGUCAAGCCUGUGGGAAGCUCCUUCAUCGGGGUCAGCCCAGAGUUCGAGGUCGCCCUCUUCACUAUUCUCUUCCUCGCGUCGACUGAGAAGGUGACCACGGCCGUGGUGAAGGUGGACGAGUACCUGCUAGAGAUGGUGGUGUAUCGUCAGGGGCGAUCCAUCGGAACCUCCUACCCCAAACUUCUCAGCAGCAACAACCGGGACCUGUAGUGGGGAGAUUUACGCACCCUGAUUCUGAAAUCAGGCCCAAAUGGAACCCUAAUCCCUAUGUAGUGCACUGCUUUCAACCAGGGCCCAUAGGGCU